UUUUCUCACAUGUCACAUGUCGUCUGCUCAGACAAAUUGCUUUUGUUUAGUAAUGCCGCGGCCCGACCGGUAAUUAUACAUUUCCUCUCUCCAAUUAUCAGUUCGGAAAUCAGGAUUCGAUCACAGUAGAAUCGACUCUAGGUUGAGAGCCAUUUGAGAGCCACGACAAUUUUGUGGCGUAAGGUUGAAAAAAUAUGGCGGCAAGAUUUUUUGGCGGUGGAUUUGCUUCAGGUGCAGUGACCUCGGUUGCUUUGUACAGUCUCUAUGCUUACGUGCUGAAACCCUUCAACACAGAGCCUCGACUCAAACGAACAACAAAAGAAGUUCCUCCUAAACUUGAAGACUCUAAAGAUAUCUUGAGGUAUGGAGCACCAGAUAGGGGCCCUGAUGUCCGUUACUACAGCAACCAUGCACUCUCCUACGACCGGUCCAAGAAAACUCCACUAUGGGUUGCAGAGCAUAUUACUCAGGCAGACUUACAAGGCCCUGCCCAUCGCAAGCACAGCAACUUUGUGAUGGACCCAAACAUCCAGGCACCAUUCGCAUCACAGAAUAGCGACUACAAGAGGAGUGGAUGGUCCAGGGGUCACAUGGCACCUGCUGGAGACAAUAAGUACAGCCAGGCUGCCAUGGAUGAAUCCUUCUACCUUUCCAACAUCGUCCCCCAGGACGUCAACAAUAACGGGAACUUCUGGCACCGUAUUGAGAUCUACUGCCGCAGCCUAGCAAAGAGGUACAAGGAUGUAUGGGUCAUAACAGGCCCCCUGGCGUUACCCACCUUAGAGGAAGGAGGCAAGAAAUAUGUCAAGUAUGAGGUCAUUGGAAAGAACAAUGUUGCCGUGCCAACGCAUCUGUACAAGCUCAUCACUGUCGUUCUCCCUCCAGUGGACGGCAACAAAAGUGACACUUCCAGCACUAAUGAGACUGUUGCCGUUGGUGCUUUUGUUGUGCCCAAUGAACCCAUCCCAGUUGAACGUCACCUUAAGGACUUCCAAGUUUCCCUGGAGAACCUCACGGAAAGUGCCGGGCUGCACUUUCUCUCCAACCUCCAGCCGAGCGUCACGGUCCGGAACCUCUGCGAUGUAGACUCGUGUAAGCUGAUAACACAGCAACAGCUGCAGCUGCACAUCAUCGGUAGACGUCUGGAGGGUGCAACAACGUUACCAAAGCUGGAGGACAGCUGGAGACAACUUGAGGAGUGGCACCUGGAACCGGAUGACAAUCUCUGGCAGUUGUAUCAAAGAAGGAGGGUGGAACUGGAGGAAACGUCAAAACAGAAACCUAACCGGACCGACUCGAUUUGAGAUCAAGAGCUUGCACAACUCCCCUCCCUUUGUUUAUGAUCUUCAAUGCACUGGAAACAAACUUAAAACAGUGAAACCCAAACAGAACUUUGGUUGGGGUGGUGUUUUGCAUGUGGGAAACCGACCAAUUACUGUCGACAUAUUUAUUCUGGUUGUAGAUAUUAUUUUAUUCUGGUAUUUCACCAACAAACUCAGUAUUCCGUUUCUGAUUAAGAACUUUACUUAAAAAGACUGUCCUUUAAAGAAAGAGUUCCAUACACGGACAACACCUGAGGCCCUGUUCACAAACCUAAUAGGACUUAUCUUAAAAAUCUGAGUGUUUUCUAAGUAAAUGCUUUGGAAUUUUCUGAGCUAAAUUCCACUUUUUAGGACAUGUUAUCACUUUCUGACGGGUGUUUUAACAUUUUAAAGGGAAACUUUGUUGUCCGCAUAUGGAACUCUUUCCGAUUUGAAACCUUAAAAACGAGAGGGUUAAAGGCGAAACAAUGUGUUGCACUUUUGACGAUUUUUACCAGCUGGCUGCCAACUUACAUUGACGAGUGACGAUUGGGGAGGGGCACAUGCCCCCAGCCCCCCCGGCUACGCCACUGCAAAUAACGAUUAGAAUCUUUGGUUCAUGGCUGUUGGCCAUCUUCCAGCGCUAUGCCAUAAUAAAUAAAGGCACCAUCUUCAUUUGAUAGUUGCUUGCAUGGUUGCCCAAUGCCAGUAAAAGGACGGAGCCCCGUGAAUACUUGUCAGAAAAGCUUUUAGAGACGAUAGCACAGCCAGCUUGUCGCUGAGUUCAGCCGCUGCUAACAAAAAGCCAAAAUCUUGAUGGCAUUUGAAUUGCAUAAAUUAUUCCUCCCUGCAAAUGCACUCCAUGUAAUUACGUCGAGAAAUAUACGUGGGGUGAAGAAUAGCCUCCAUUCUUGUGGCCGUUUUUGAAAAACUUCAGGCUUU